AUGGCAAAAAAAAGGAGAAGAAGAGAUGGACUCAAACGUCAACACUGUGACAAAUCCUUCACAUCUGGAUAUUUGAAGAUUCAUCAGAGUGUUUACACUGGAGAGAAACUGUACAGCUGUGAACAGUGUGGCAAAGCUUUCAGCACAUCACGUGAAGUAACAAUCCACAGACGUCUCCACACUGGAGAGAAACCUCACUGUUGUGAACAGUGUGGCAAAGCUUUCAAUACAUCAGAUUACCUAAAAAUGCACCAACGUGUUCACACUGGAGAGAAACCGUACUGGUGUGACCAGUGUGGAAAAUCUUUUAGUAGAUUAAGUACCCUAAAAAUCCACCAACGUGUUCACACUGGAGAGAAACCGUACUGGUGUGAACAGUGUGGGAAAACUUUCAGUAAAUCAGGUCACCUAAAAACCCACCAACGUGUUCACACUGGAGAGAAACCGUACUGGUGUGACCAGUGUGGAAAAUCUUUCAGUAGAUCAGGUCACCUAAAAACCCACCAACGUGUUCACACUGGAGAGAAACUGUACAGCUGCGACCAGUGUGAGAAAACUUUCUCUCAAUCAGGUGCCCUAAAAAUCCACCACCGUGUUCACACUGGAGAGAAACCGUACUGGUGUGAACAGUGUGGAAAAACUUUUAGUAGAUUAGGUUGCCUGAAAAUCCACCAACGUUUUCACACUGGAGAGAAACCGUACUGGUGUGACCAGUGUGGAAAAUUUUUCAAGACAUCAGAUUACCUAAAAAUCCAUCAACGUGUUCACACUGGAGAGAAACCGUACUGGUGUGACCAGUGUGGAAAAUUUUUCAAGAAAUCCGGUUCUCUGAAAAUCCACCAACGAGUUCACACUGGAGAGAAACCGUACUGGUGUGGCCAGUGUGGAAAAUCUUUUAGUAGAUCAGGUAACCUAAAAACUCACCAACGUGUUCACACUGGAGAGAAACCGUACAGCUGUGACCAGUGUGGAAAAUUUUUCACUAGAUUAGAUUCCCUGAAGAUCCACCAACGUGUUCACACUGGAGAGAAACCGUACAGCUGUGGCCAAUGUGGGAAAUCUUAUGCAGACAGGAGAAACCUUAGAAGACACAAAUCCAUUCACAAAGUAUCAGAGUGACAUCUUCCACAGAGGUGAGCUACCUGUUAUCAUGUGACUGUGCUGGAUUAAUGUCAUGCGAUGACAGAAAAAAUAAACUGUUGUAGGCAGGUUUCAGCCAGUAGAGGGCAGUCACUGCAUUUUUCUAGCACUGCGUGUAGAAUUCAGAGUGUACCGUAGGGGUUUUCAAAGUCUGAGACUGCGGACCUCCCCUCAGACAAAGCGUGGGAAACGGCAUCCCAGAAGAGAGUAAAUCUUUAGUACACUUGGUAAGUUUCACUCAACUCCUGGAUGCCAGUGGGAUGAUGUUUAUAUUAUUUGAUCCCAUAGAUACUGAACAUUUGAGCCAACAUAGCCUAAUAUCGCUGUUUGACAUGUCCCCUCCAAAAGUAUUGGAACAGU